AUGUCUGUGGUUCUGUCCACUCGACUACGGUCUGCGCUCGAGGUGAAAGCAUACGAGCCUCCGUUUGGGAACCUCCGGGAGCACCCCUGUGUGGAGAGCAUGAAGGACAGUGUGCUGCGAGACCGAGGGCGCCCCGACAUCCCCAACACCUGGACCCUGGGACACUCUGGCAUCCAGCUGAUCUGUGCGUCCAUUGAGGACUGUUGGGACCACGACCCUGAGGCCAGACUCACGGCUCACUGCAUCUCUGAGCGCUUCUCCGACCUGGACAUGGACAAGCUGUCGGGACGAUCGGACUCUCAGGACAAGAUCCCAGAGGACAAGACCCCAGAGGACAAGACCCUGAAGGACCUGAUCCCAGAGGACAAGACCUCAGAGGACAAGACCCUGAAGGACCUGAUCCCAGAGGACAAGAUCCCAGAGGACAAGACCUCAGAGGACAAGACCCCAAAGGACCUGAUCCCAGAGGACAAGAUCCCAGAGGACAAGACCUCAGAGGACAAGACCCCAAAGGACCUGACCCCAGAGGACAAGAUCCCAGAGGACAAGAUCCCAGAAGACAAGAUCCCAGAGGACAGGACCCCAGAGGACAGGACCCCAGAGGACAGGACCCCAGAGGACAGGACCCCAGAGGACUUGUGCAUGGACGAUCUCCAGUAG